CCCUACAAGCGGCUGCAGCUUCUUUCCGCACUCAGGCUAAUAUCAACAUCAAACGGCGUUUAUAGAGGACGUUUGCUUGAAUCAGAGACAUAGCAGACCCUCACACAAGACAGCACCCAAGAUCACACAGACAGAGCUAUGGUGGAGUACUACCAGAUAUUAGGAGUCCAGAAAAAUGCAACGCAAGAGGAUAUCAAAAAAGCUUACAGAAAAUUGGCACUGAAGUGGCACCCAGACAAAAACCCAGACAACAAGGAUGAAGCUGAGAGGAGGUUCAAAGAGCUGUCUGAGGCAUAUGAAGUGCUCUCAGAUGAAAACAAGAGGAAUAUUUAUGACCGAUACGGCAAAGAGGGCCUUUCAGGAGGAGGAGGAGGAGGAGGAGGCCAUUAUGAUCACUUUGGUGGUGGCUUCACAUUCCGUAAUCCUGAGGACGUUUUCAGGGAAUUCUUUGGUGGCAGAGAUCCAUUUGCAGAUCUUUUUGCUGAUGACCCCUUUGAUGAUUUCUUCGGAGGCAGUCGCGGUCGACAUAGGGGUGGCAACCGGAAUAGGAUGGGCGGGCCCAUGUUUGGUUUUGGGGGCUUCCCAUCCUUUGGGCCUAGCUUCCCAGGGUUUGAUUCAGGAUUUACCUCAUUUGGAAACAUGGGUGGAGGAAGUAUCAGCUCCUUCUCUUCAUCUUUUGGUGGUGGGGGAAUGGGGAACUUCAGAUCUGUCUCGACCUCCACCAAGUUCAUCAAUGGCAGAAAAGUUACUACAAAGCGCAUUGUGGAAAAUGGCCAAGAGAGAGUCGAAGUGGAGGAGGAUGGUCAGUUAAAAUCUCUAACAGUUAAUGGUAAGGAGCAGCUCCUAAGACUGGAAAACAAGUAACUCUCUCCACAAGAUUUAAUAUGUAUGAUUUUCACACCUGGAAAAGCUGUCCCAGUGACAACUGCUACCAGCGUUUGGUCUGUCCUCCUGCAUCUCAUUCCCAAAGAACAAUUUUCUUAGGUUUGCUUAGCUGCAAGGAAGGCAAGAGAUAUGUUCACAGUAUUUCUAUAUUUGUAUUUAUUCAAUUUCUAUGGGGGGCUGCCUUGUUAGGAUUUGUGUUUGCGUAUUCUAAUGAUACCUAUACUAUACCUAUAUAUUAGUUUCAUCUUUGGGGUGGAUAUUGUCUUUGUCGUAGCAGAAUAACAAGAUGCUGUACAUUUUUGCUCUUUUUAUUUGAUGUUAAAAACUGAAUGAUAGAAUCUCACCUAACCUUGGUAACUUGAACUUCACCUUGCUCACCUAUAAGCCGUUUCCAUAUUCAUGUGCAUAACAUUACGGCGCAUUACAUUCACCAAAGGGGAAAAAAAAAAGGAGGAUCUUAAUGCAGGAGCACUGUAGAACCUGCCUGAAAAUGAUCAGGUUUUAACAAAUUCUUUAGUAUCAAAGUUAAUUCAGUGAUAGUUCUCCACACAUCCAGUAGUGCAUAGCAAAAGUGACCUGUUGAUAGCUAGUUCAGCACACUUAGCGUGCUAAUAACACACGCUGCAUCCAUGGCAACAUUAUAAAGCCUUACAGUUUCUGGGUGAAGUUCAUAUAAGAAAUGAAUAAUCACUAUUGAUGUGUUCUCAUAAUUACAAGAUCAGGAUCUUGUAAUACGCUAGGUUAAGGUUGCUUUUUAAGAAGAUAGUCCAUUAUAGGCUAUAUGAUUUAAUAGGCAUUAUGUUAGGCCAUCUAUAUAAUGAAUAUGAGCCUAAAUAUAACAUUUUAAUUUCCCCCAUAGUAUUUAGAAAAAUAUCACAUUAGAUGUUAAAAGUUCAACUAUGUGAACAGAUUGCUUUUAUCAGAAACAGCCAAGUAUAAUGUUGCCACAGUCCUAGGUACGAGUUAAUGUAGGCUGCAGCUUGGCUGCUGUUUUUAGCCUAUUAGUUUACGUUUUGGAACACUAUGUAUGCGAAAUUUACUAUUAUCAGUUCAUUUUUGAUAUGUCCUAUUGUAAGUACUAACAGAAUUACAUAAAUAUUGAAGAAAUCUUAAAACCCCAGUGUUUUUCAAGCGGGUUCUGAAACUUUACAACUCCUGCGCAGUACAUGCACACAUAGUGAGCUACACUGUGGGCUUGUUUUAGCCUACAUUUGUUUAUGCUUUGGAAUGCUAAGUAUGGAGAAUUACCUGUUACCAGUUCACUUUUGCUGUGCACUGUUGGCUGUACUGACACCUAUCGCUGAAUUACUUUGAUACUAAAGAUUGAAUUAAAAACUGAUUAUUUUUAGGAGAGUUCUGCAAUAUCUCAAUUAUGAGAAAAGAGCUCAAUUAUUGAAAGUCAUAAUUCUGAGAUAAGAUUCUCCAAUUUUUUUCUGGUGGUGAAUAUGAUGUGCUUCUGUAUAAUAUGAAUGACAGAUUAAUACAUUGUGUUAAUGUGCAAUUUUCAUACUUACAUUUGUUUGCAUUUUGAGACCGUUUGGCUUAUUUCUGCAUGAUGGCUGAUUCCAGGAGGCUGCUUUGCAGUUUCACUGUAACUGUGUCAGCAAACAAUGGAUUUAGACCACACACCACCUUACACUGUUGCUUGACAAAUAGGGGACCCUUCAUCCUUUGUACAAAGAGAAAGAAAACCAAAAUAAAGAGUUCACAUUUGGUCAAUAAACUUGAGUUUGACAUUGUGGAAACGCAGUUACCUGUUGUCUCAUUUAGCUUGAAUGGCUUUUUUUUUUAAU